GAUUAAAUCGGAGAGCUUUCUGUCCUUCCAUAGACAGCCAUUAUUGAAACUUUGAUGCUUCAAAAAGUUCAUGAAGAGAUUGUUAAACUAAUCCAUAUGAAUUGAGCAGUUUAGCCCAAUUUUUUUGAAGUGACACAAUUGCUUUAAAUGAUGAACAGACUGAAUUUAGGCUUUUAUUCACAUUCAGUUGUGGUUAAUGGAAGCUCAAGGUUGAUGUGCAAGAACCAAUGAGGUUCAUUCUUGUGUGUUAUGCAGCACCUUUGAGUUUCCAGAAGAGGUUUGUUUUCAUGCUUCAGUGAAAAAAGAAAGAAAGAAAACAGUGUCUCAAUUCUAAACAUGUUUACAAAAUGUGAUGAAUGCAAAUCAUACAGUUUGCUGUCUAGGUGGCUUGAAUGUCACGGAACUGUGUAUCAAAGGAUCAAGACUGAUAACAGCGAUAUAGCUCUUGGUGGUGUCUUCUGAAGAACCUGCAGGGCUGUUUUCUGAAGUAAAGAACAUUACCACAAGCCGACAGCAAUGUCAGAAGAUUCACCUACAGCAGUGUUUCUUGCUAUUUAUAUCAUCACAUUCCUGAUUGGGUUUCCUAAUAGUGCACUGGCAUUGUACUCAUGCAUUUACAAGAUUCGGAGAAAACCCAUCCCUAUUGACAUAUUGAUGCUGAACCUCACUAUUUCUGACCUCAUCUUUCUCACCUUCCUGCCCAUCAAGAUGAAAGAGGCUGCAGAUAACAUGGUUUGGAACAUGCCCCAUUUCCUGUGCCACUUCCAUAUGUUUGUAUUCUUUCUUCCUCUCUAUUCCAGCAGCCUGUUCUUGACAGCAAUAAGCGCUGAGCGCUAUGUGUGUAUAGCAUUUCCAGUCAAGUAUAAAAGUCCGAAGAGAAUCAUUUACACAGUGCCUAUAUGUGUAGGCAUCUGGGUGCUUGUUGGAGUAACUUCUUUAUUUGUUUACAAGGCAGCACAAAUAGAUUCUGAUGAAGCCGACAACACCAACACCACUAAUCAGCGCCCUCUGGUGACAGAACCUCAGACAUGUUACAGUAACUUCACAGAGGAACAGAUAAGGCAACUGCUCCCAACACGGCUGGGUUUAGCGGUGGUGUUUUUCUUUCUACCCCUUAUUACCUGCUGCUUCUGUUACAUCAAUGUCGUUUGUAUUUUGUUAAAGCGUCCUCUCAUCAAUCGAAAACGUAAACUCCGGGCAAUUGGACUGGCACUGGGGACUCUCCUUUUUUUUGCCGGUAGUUUUGCACCCUACAAUAUAUCACAUUUAGUAGGCUUCAUCAAAAAAGAAAAUACAAAGUGGCGCAUGACAACUAUAAUUCUAACAACUUUAAACGCAUGUUAUGAUCCUAUUAUAUUUUUCUGUAUCUCUAGGGAGAUGAGAAGGGUGAUCAAAGUAUGUGCUAAGGCUUUUAUUCAGUUUUAUGCCAAUUUCAAGGGUUAGUUCACCCAAAACAACAAAUGAAGAUAUUUUUAAUAAAAUCUGAGACAUUUCUGUCCCUCCAUUGACAGUCUAUGCAACUACCAGUUUGAUGCUUCAAAAUGUUCAUAAUGAGAUCGUAAAACUAAUCCAUAUAUGAAUUGAGAUGUCAUCCAUAUAAACGUCCAUUUCAUUAACACAAAAGAAAAAAAAAAUCCUAAAUACUCAUAAAAGUUCAUUUGAUUGAACUAAUUAGUUGAAUUUGAGUUUGCUCUACUCCAGUCAAUUAAUUAUUUUGAGCGGUAGGGUUUACAAAGUAUCUUGUGUUUAAAAAUGAACAAAAGUCUUACGUGUUUCAAAUUACAUGAGGGUGAGUAAAUGAUGACAGAAUUUAAAUUUUUAGGUGAACUAUCCCUUUAAAGCAAUGUAUUGUUGUAAACUACUUUUAUUUAAAUUACUAAAAGCAAAUAAACAAAUGUAUGAUAUUGUAUCCUAAACUUCACAAAAAAGUGCUGUACAUGAUUUUGUUAUAUGUAAUGACAGCUUAUGCAGAAAAGGACCCUACCCCAAGGGAAAAAAAGGCAUCACACCAAUCUUUGCGACAGUAGUGUCUGCAAGCAUCUACAAUUAAAGUGGUGUGGGUCAUGGUUAGUUUCUUCAUUUAGCCCAUCAGAAGGCUUCUGGGGUGCUUUCUGCCUGUCAAUCAGUUUACACAUUCACAGCAGGCAGUAUAUAAAGUGGAAACCAAGAGCCUGCUCAAUGAACUUGAAGCAGUUUUCAUAAGUUUGGAGGUUUCAAAAUGUUUGUGAUUUUUAGUCUGUAUAGUAAUGGGAGAAACAAAGCUUUUGGAAAUCUGAAUUGUUUGAACCAAUUGGUUCGCAAUCAGUGUUGGGGAAAGUUACUUUUAAAAGUAAUGCAUUACAAUGUUGCGUUACUCCCUAAACAAGUAAAUACAAAGUUCUGGCAUGAAACUCUAAUGGGCAGGCUAAUAGGUCCUUUAACUCAACCUGCUCAUAAUCACAUUAUCUAUAGGACACAGAUGAUUGGUUCCUGCUGUAGUUGCCAAUGAGCUGCAUCUUUAAAGGUGCCAUCAAACGUUUUUUUACAAGAUGUAAUAUAAGUC